AUAACCAGCAGUCUUACUUGGAGUCACACGACUUCUUCGGACAGCAGCUCAGGGACCAGUAGUGCGACAACUUUGUCCGCAACGGAGACCAGCAGCUGGACAGAAAGUAGCAGCACGGAAACCAGUACCUCGACAUUGAGUUCGACUGGAAGUAGCACCAUUACUACGGUCAGCAGUUCGGAGACCAGCACCGCCACAUUGACUUCCACCACGAUGACCAGCAGCCUGACAGAGAGCAGCACCACCACGACUGUCAGCAACACUGGAACCAGUAGCGUGACGUCGACUUCCUCAACAAGAACUAGCACCUUCACGUCGAGUAGCACUAUGACGUCGGUCAGCAGCACGCGGACCAGUAGUGUGACAUUGACGUCCGCAACUAUCGAAUGCAGCCUGACGGGGAGUAGCACUACGGCAUCCGACAGCACCUCGAGGACUAGCAGCGCGACCUCGCUGUCCGCAACGGGGACCAGCAGCUGGACGGGCAGCAGCGGCACGGCGACCAGUACCUCAACGUUGAGUUCGACGGGAAGUAGCACCAUUUCUACGGGCAGCAGUUCGGAGACCAGCACCGCCACGUUGACUUCCACUACGCUGACCAGCAGCCUGACAGCGAGCAGCACUACCACGACUGUCAGCAGCACUGGGACCAGUAGCGCGACGUCGACUUCCGCAACGAGAACUAGCACAUUGACGUCGAUUAGCACUGUGACGUCGGUCACACCACAGCGACCAGUAGCGUGACAUUGACGUCCGCAACUACAACCAGUCUGACGGGGAGUAGCACUACGGCUUCGGACAGCAGCUCACUGACCAACAGCGCGUCUAUGACUUCCUCAACAAGAACUAGCAGCUGGACGGACAGCAGCAGCACGGACACCAGUACCUCAACGUUGAGUUCGACUGGAAUCAGCACCCUUACUACGGGCAGCAGUUCGGGGACUAGCACCGCCACAUUGACUUCCACUACGAUGACCAGCAGCCUGACAGCGAGCAGCACUACCACGACUGUCAGCAGCACUGGGACCAGUAGCGCGACGUCGACUUCCGCAACGAGAACUAGCACAUUGACGUCGGUUAGCAUUGUGACGUCGGUCAGCAUCACAGCGACCAGUAGCGUGACAUUGACGUCCGCAACUACAACCAGUCUGACCGAGAGUAGUACUACGGCUUCGGACAGCAGCUCACUGACCAACAGCGCGUCUAUGACGUCCUCAACAAGAACUAGCAGCUGGACGGACAGCAGCAGCACGGCGACCAGUACCUCGACAGUGAGUUCGACGGGAAGUAGCACCCUUACUACGGCCAGCAGUUCGGGGACUAGCACCGCCACAUUGACUUCCACGACGAUGACCAGCAGCCUGACAGCGAGCAGCACAACGCCUGCUGUCAGCAACACGGGGACCAGUAGCGCGACGCCGACUUCCGCAACGAAAACUAGCACAUUGACGUCGGUUAGCACUGUGACGUCGGUCAGCAUCACAGCGACCAGUAGCGUGACAUUGACGUCCGCAACUGCAACCAGUCUGACCGAGAGUAGUACUACGGCUUCGGACAGCAGCUCACUGACCAACAGCGCGUCUAUGACGUCCUCAACAAGAACUAGCAGCUGGACGGACAGCAGCAGCACGGCGACCAGUACCUCGACAGUGAGUUCGACGGGAAGUAGCACCCUUACUACGGCCAGCAGUUCGGGGACUAGCACCG